AUGUUCCACGGGAGCGGAAGUGGUGGUUACGGCGCCGGAACCGACUACCAAACCCAGUCCCAACAGCAACAGCAGCAGCAACAACAACAGCAACAACAACAGCAGCAGCAUACCCAGCAAUUACAAGCUCCCGUGUACGUGCCAUCAUCUAGGCCAGCUAUUCCAGCAGCCACGGCGCAGUAUCACUCGUUUCCGGGUUCUGCUUCACCCGCAUGGGAGAAAACAACUUCAUGGCAGCAUGGAGUUGAUAGUUACGCUCAUCAUGCGCUGACAGGACACACGGGUGGGUCAGCGGCAAGCAUGGGCGCUCAUAGUACUCACGGUCACCCACACGCGGCGCAUCCUCACACCGGGCAUCCGCAUUCUACUCUUACGUCGCCAUUUUAUGCACAGAACGUCGCCAUGAUGUCGUCCUGGAGAGCUUACGAUAGCGCUGGCUUUCAACGGGCUUCUCCUUACGAUACAGCAAUGGACUUUCAAUUUGCCGAGGGACGUGAGUGCGUUAAUUGCGGUGCUAUUUCCACCCCAUUAUGGCGACGCGACGGUACAGGACAUUAUUUAUGUAAUGCAUGUGGAUUGUAUCACAAGAUGAAUGGAAUGAACAGGCCGCUAAUAAAACCAUCUAAACGCCUUACUGCAACGCGACGCCUUGGUCUCUGUUGUACCAACUGUGGUACACGAACAACGACCCUCUGGAGGCGCAACAACGAAGGGGAGCCUGUUUGCAACGCUUGCGGCCUCUAUUUCAAGCUCCACGGGGUAAAUCGGCCCCUUGCGAUGCGCAAAGACGGCAUUCAGACCAGGAAAAGAAAACCAAAAAAGACCUCAGACUCGACUGCUUCGAGAACUUCUACCAACGAGCAUGAAACCUCUACUUCAACAACUUCAUCGCCAUCUAACGACCUGAAGAGCAGUCAACAGCACCACCAAUCCGAGUCAACGAAAUCUUCAUCCUCAGUACCGGCCGAGCGGCCUGUUUACCUCGGCCAUACCCCCUUACUAGCUACCGGUGUGAUACCGACCGUGAAAACAGAGCCUCGCAGCUGCGACGGGUUGAUCGGACAGCCGUACUCUUCCUAUUACCAACACCCACACCAGCACCAGCUGGACACACCGACCAGCGAGCAUCAACACCAACAAAGUUAUUACAAUGCACAAGAGACUUAUCAUCAUCAACACCACGUAGCUUCUGCUGCAAAACUUCUUGCUUCGUCUUAG